UAAGAAAAACUUUCCGACGACUCUGAUUGCCUGGCAAUAAAGGACGUCAACAAAUAUAAAUGUCAGCAGCCACUUGUUCCCGCGUAACGACUAAAAUGGGUCCCAGCAACAAAUCGAAAACAACCUCUGGCACAGAAACUUCAUCGACAAUAAAACUGGGUCGUCUUUGUGGUGGUGGUGUGACCAAUGGCUAUACCAACGGUCGUAGCACAAACGCCGGCAGCGAAUCCUCAGAUCCCCUAGAAUCAGACUAUAGUGAGGAGGCUGACGAAGAGGAGGACACUAAACACAGUAAUCGUACUGAAAACAAUUAUGAAGACAUUGAUAAUAACGAUGAAGAGGACGAUGAUGAUGAGGAGGACGACGACGAUGAGGAAGAGGAAGACGACGAGGAUGAUGAUGGUAAUGAAACAGACGAUGAAGAAGAUGAUAGCACAGAAGAUAAUAGCAGUGUAGAAACAGCCAAAGGUGUUAGGAAAUAUAGUUUGGAUGAUUAUCAAAUUAUAAAAACAGUUGGUACCGGAACAUUUGGUCGGGUAUGUCUGUGUCGUGAUCGAAUAUCUGGAAAGUACUGUGCCAUGAAAUUGUUGGCCAUGGCCGAUGUUAUACGCUUGAAACAGAUUGAACAUGUGAAAAAUGAACGUAACAUAUUGCGGGAAAUUAGACAUCCUUUUGUUAUAAGUUUAGAAUGGUCCACUAAAGACGAUUGUUGUCUGUAUAUGAUUUUCGAAUAUGUCUGUGGUGGUGAAUUAUUCACAUAUUUAAGAAAUGCCGGUAAAUUUAAUAGAUCCACAUCAAACUUUUAUGCCGCCGAAAUCGUAUUGGCCUUAGAAUAUUUACAUUCAUUGCAAAUUGUGUACAGAGAUUUAAAGCCAGAAAAUUUACUCAUUAAUCGUGAUGGCCAUUUGAAGAUCACAGAUUUUGGCUUUGCCAAAAAGUUGAGGGAUCGAACCUGGACAUUGUGCGGCACACCCGAAUAUUUGGCACCUGAAAUUAUACAAUCCAAGGGACACAAUAAAGCCGUCGAUUGGUGGGCAUUGGGCAUUUUGAUUUAUGAAAUGCUGGUUGGCUAUCCGCCAUUCUAUGAUGAAAAUCCAUUUGGUAUCUAUGAAAAGAUAUUGGGCGGCAAAAUUGAAUGGCCACGUCACAUAGAUCCCUCAGCCAAAGACUUAGUUAAGAAACUGUUAACAAAUGAUCGAACAAAACGCUUGGGCAACAUGAAGAAAAAAUUUAAAACUGCGACGACAGUUGCUUCUGGAUUGAACAGAAUCAAAAAUGGGGCUGAUGACGUUAAAAGGCAUCGAUGGUUUAAAGAUUUGAAUUGGGAUGACGUCUACAACAAAAAGCUUAAGGUAUGGCGUUUGAACAAUCUAUCAACAACAAAA